AUGAGCUCGUCCAAUUCUUUAAAACCCUUCUCCACCGCUGAAAUCUACCAUUCCGUACUUCAAGGAAUUCUCGACUUCUUUGAUAUCACACGUGAACAAACGAUAAAACUCAUUACACUUUUGCAACAAAAACAAAAUCUCAAGAAUUUAUCGAUUCAAAAUAAAAAUCCGGAAAAUGAACUCGAAAUGGUCGACGCGGCAGAAAACGCAGAAGAAAGUCACGGGAAAGAGAAUAUCAAGCCGGUAUUCUUUAGUCCACAAACACCUCACAGAAUUGAUCAAUAUCACGCCUUUAUAACUGACUGUCCAUCACCAAAUUUAUAUGCAAAUCUGGUUCAGUUUCAAAAUGUCUAUCAAAGUUUUUCUUUGGAACCUCUCGAUUCUUCUGAAUUCAGUCAAACCGACGCCGAGAAUAAUUUUUCUAUGGAAACGUUUGUUGAUCAUUCCAAGCUCAACUCGGAUGACAACGAAACAUGUCCUUUGAGUAAGGAGAAUAGAAAGAAAAUUGAUACCGAAGAAAACAAAAGAUGGUCGCAAAAAACGCUUGUCGAUUUUACACUCCCGAGUGCAGAGUCACGUGAGGAUAAAUUGGAAACAAUUCAUUUUCUUAAAAAGGCAAAGUUCGACGAUUCACCCGUGAACGAUGAAGCUCGAUCAUGCAAGGAAACGCCAUUUCUCAACGUUACAACCUGCCUAAAAAAGAUUUUAAACAAUGCCCUUUCUCAUGGUCAAUCAAGGAAAACCACCCGCUCGUCUAAUAGCAAUGAUAACAUGACAACAACAAAUUGCCGUAAGACGCGUAAGCCAAAAUCCCCGAAAAACAAAAAACUCCGAAAAGUUUCUUCGUUUGCUAGUGUAAAAUCAUUUGACAUUCACUUGUUAGACAUGGCAAGUGUAUUAAAUAGAAAGAAGGGACGAGGAGGUAGAAAAUGCGGUAAUAGAGAGGAAAUCCCAUUUGAAGAUGACAGCGAAGACGGGUCUACGCUCAUAGAUUUGGACGAAUACACAACGAAUCUUGAGGAGGAUGAGGAAUACAUUGUGAUAGAUUCACAAGAGAAAACCCUCGGAUUAAUUGAUUUCAACAACUUUGUGGAAAAUCAAAAGAUAUCCGAAGACAAGAUCGAGAAUGCCAGAUGGCUAUUCAACUUUUACGACAAAGACAAUGACGGAUUGAUUGAUCCGAGUGAAAUGAAUCAAAUUAUUUAUGAGAUUUAUCAUUAA